AUGCCCACCGUCCACCUGCUCGAUUAUGUUGCUGGCAAUGUCCGCUCCUUGGUGAAUGCUAUAAACAAAGUUGGCUACGAUGUCGAAUGGAUCAAGUCUCCGGAGGAUGUGAAAAAUGCCGAGAAAUUGAUCCUGCCUGGCGUGGGCCACUUUGGCCAUUGUAUCUCACAACUAUCGGAGGGUGGCUUUCUGGGGCCUAUACGACAGCACAUCGAAUCCGGGAAACCGUUUAUGGGCAUUUGCGUCGGUCUCCAAGCGCUCUUCCAAGGAUCUGCUGAAGACCCCGAUGUGCCGGGACUGGGAGUGAUUCCUAUGCGCAUGCAAAAAUUCAACGAUCUUACAAAGAGCGUGCCUCAUAUCGGGUGGAAUUCUGCCAUCAAUACUGGCAAUUCCUCACAACAAAGCUUCUACGGGUUGGACCCUAGCAGCAAGUAUUAUUAUGUCCAUUCCUAUGCUGCACUCUACACACCCGGCGCUCUUGAGAAGGACGGCUGGUCUAUUGCCACGGCCACUUACGGCGACGAGGAGUUCAUUGGCGCCAUCGCACGAGGCAACAUCUUUGCAACUCAGUUCCAUCCCGAGAAGAGCGGACAGGCUGGCUUGCGAACGAUCCGUGCUUUCCUGGAUGGUGACCAAAUUCAGACGGUCCUUGAAGGAGCCUCUGGGAAGACAGCCACGGGACUGACUCGCAGAAUCAUCGCUUGCCUUGACGUCCGCGCAAACGAUGCUGGAGAUCUCGUUGUCACCAAGGGGGACCAGUAUGAUGUUCGCGAGAAAAGCGGCGUGGAUGCUGGAGGCCAAGUCAGAAACCUGGGGAAGCCAGUCGAUAUGGCUAAGAAGUACUAUGAGCAAGGAGCCGACGAGGUUACAUUCUUGAACAUUACGUCCUUCAGAAACUGCCCUGUUGCCGAUACGCCCAUGCUGGAGAUCUUAAGGAGAACAUCCGAGACAGUUUUUGUUCCCCUCACGAUUGGCGGUGGAAUCAAAGAUACCGUGGAUACCGACGGCACCGAAAUCUCGGCUCUCGAAGUGGCAACGAUGUAUUUCAAGUCCGGUGCUGACAAAGUGAGUAUCGGCUCGGAUGCUGUCAUUGCAGCGGAGGAAUAUUAUGCGGCCGGCGAGAAACUGUCCGGGAAAACGGCCAUUGAAACGAUAUCGAAAGCAUACGGAAACCAGGCCGUGGUGGUGAGCGUUGAUCCCAAGCGGGUGUACGUGCAAAGUCCCGAGGAUACCAAGCAUCACACCAUCAAGACCCAGUUUCCAAAUGAAGCGGGUCAGACUUAUUGUUGGUAUCAGUGUACCAUCAAGGGUGGUCGCGAGACACGAGACAUCGAUGUUUGGCAAUUAGCCAGAGCGGUUGAGGCGAUGGGCGCUGGAGAGCUCCUCCUCAACUGUAUCGACAAGGAUGGAAGUAACAGUGGAUUUGACCUGGAGUUGAUCAACGACGUCAAGGCCGCCAUCAAAAUACCAGUCAUUGCCUCCAGUGGAGCGGGCAACCCGGAACACUUCGCGGAAGUCUUCAACAAGACCACCACCGAUGCGGCAUUAGGUGCCGGCAUGUUCCACCGCGGUGAAUACACAGUGAGCCAAGUAAAGGAUUACCUGGGCGAGAAAGGAUUCUUGGUUCGCAGAUUCGAGGCAGGUGCUUAG